GCCCAACAUCUUCAUCUUCUGUCUCUGAGCUUACAACUUGACGACCUUAUUAUUAGUCAAUUGAUCAAAAAAUAAUCUCUGUCUGUGUGGCUGGCUAUCGCCUAUCAACCUUAAAACAGAUCUUAUUAUUUAUAGUCAAUUGAUUAAGAAAUUUACUAAUGACCACAUAACCGGUUGACCUAUAACCAAAUUGAUUACUCCCGGUUCUUCAAUUUGGUCUAAGACAUUCGGAGAAAACCCUCACUGAGUAAAAGAAGAAGAAGAAGAAGGGGAGGAAGACGAUGGCGGGAUAUGAGAGCUACGUGGUUGUUCACAACAUAGCAAAGCGUCACAACGUCGGAACACUAGCUCGAAGCGCGACGGCUUUCGGUGUAACGGAGCUGAUCCUCGUGGGGCGCCGUGACUUCAACGCCUUCGGAAGCCAUGGUUCGGCUUCUCACGUCCGUUUCCGACACUUUCACUCCCUCAUCGAAGCUCGCAACUACCUCAAGGAGGAGAAAGAGUGCGAUAUAUGCGGCGUUGAGAUUGCAGAUGGAGCUGCUCAGGUCAACGACCAUCCUUUCAAAAGAAACACUGCAUUUCUUCUCGGUAAUGAGGGAUCAGGAUUAUCUGCCAAAGAGUAUGAGAUAUGUGACUUCUUUGUCUACAUUCCUCAGUAUGGCUGUGGCACUGCCUCCCUCAAUGUUACUGUUGCAGCUUCUAUUGUCUUGCAUCACUUUGGAGUUUGGGCGGGCUUUUCUGAACGUGUCCGAGAUGGAAGCAAAUUCAUAGUUGCUGAUAAACCCGUUAGGCAAGGGAGACGGAAUUUCUGUGCUGGUACAGAAGAAUCCAUCGUUGAAGAGCGCAAGCUGAGGAAAGAAAGUGCUGAAAACGGCUUCUUUGAUGUAAACGGAAACGAAACUUCAUCCACCGACCUUCUGAACGGUUUGUUCCUUAACGAAUAGUUGUCUUUGAAUAAGGAACAUAGUCUUGAUUUUGGGGAAGAUCAAGAACAUUCCCUUAUCAAGCGGAGUCAGGUCCUUCCUUAGUCAACAAAGCCUCUAUAAUCUUUGUUUUGCAAGUAGAGAUUUCUGAUGGUCUAAGGUGAUAGUAGUAUCCCUUUGCUCUUGUGUUGUAUUGGUAUGAAACAUGUUUGAUGAUGGUUUCAGGUGAUAGUAGUAUCUCUUUGCUCUUGUCUUUA